UUUUGCUGCAGCUGUGAUCCUCCCCUGGGUCACAAAACAAAGUCAGUCCUGGAGCCUGCCCGGGGCUGCCCCAGGGAAAUCCCUGCCAACAGUGUGGAAGCAGAGAAGCCUUCCCCAGGUCCUGUCUCUAUCCCACCUCCAGCUCCCCUCACCACCAUGUGCUCUGCUGCCUGCUGCUCCACAGGAUGCUGCUCCGUCGUGAAGACCAAAACCGUCUGCUGCAGCCCCUGCCAGAAGAGUGUCUGCUGCAGCCCCUGCCAGCAGUCCUGCUGCUGCGACCCGUGCCAGAAGGUCUGCUGUGACCCCUGCCAGAAGCCUUGCUGUGACCCAUGCCAGACUGUCUGCUGUGACCCAUGCCAGAAGCCUUGCUGUGACCCAUGCCAGACUGUGUGCUGUGACCCAUGCCAGAAGCCUUGCUGUGACCCAUGCCAGACCGUCUGCUGUGACCCAUGCCAGAAGCCCUGCUGUGAUCCAUGCCAGAAGCCCUGCUGUGAUCCAUGCCAGUCUGUCUGCUGUGACCCAUGCCAGAAGCCCUGCUGUGACCCGUGCCAGACUGUGUGCUGUGACCCCUGCCAGAAGCCCUGCUGUGACCCAUGCCAGAAGCCCUGCUGUGACCCAUGCCAGUCUGUCUGCUGUGACCCAUGCCAGAAGCCCUGCUGUGACCCAUGCCAGACUGUCUGCUGUGACCCCUGCCAGAAGCCCUGCUGUGACCCAUGCCAGACUGUCUGCUGUGACCCCUGCCAGAAGCCCUGCUGUGACCCAUGCCAGUCUGUCUGCUGUGACCCAUGCCAGAAGCCCUGCUGUGACCCAUGCCAGACUGUCUGCUGUGACCCCUGCCAGAAGCCCUGCUGUGACCCAUGCCAAACUGUCUGCUGUGACCCAUGCCAGCAGUGCUGUGACCCGUGCCAGAAGCCCUGCUGUGACCCAUGCCAAACUGUCUGCUGUGACCCAUGCCAGCAGUGCUGUGACCCGUGCCAGAAGCCCUGCUGUGACCCGUGCCAGCAGUGCUGCGUCCCGUGCCCACCGCCCGUCUGCUGCACCAAGGUGUGCCAGAAGUCCGUUUGCUGCCAGCCCUGCUGCUGCGGCUGCCUCUCCUGCUGCUCCUGCGUGGUGAAGAAGAAGCCUCUGGUGCUGUGCUGCAGCCCCGCACCCUGCUGCGCUCCCGCCAGGAAGUGCUGCAUCCCCAUCCAGCAGUGCUGCAUCCCCAUCCAGAAGUGCUGCAUCAAGAAGAGCUGCUGA